CUUUAUACCCGUUCCGGGGAACACGUGCAGAGCUGUGUUCUACAGCUCGGUUGGCCGUGUAGAAAUCUCUCGUCGCCAUGCGUCGCAGUUUCUGCCUGUUUUCGCCCCGACUGAAACGGAAUUCACAUCCCAGGAACACCGUGAGGUGGAAGACCGAGCCGGGCCGGAGUGUGAAGCGCGGCUUUUACCGACCAAUGGCUGGCGCCAGCAAGAUGAAGUGGCAGUUCACCUUGCCAUAUGUCCGCGAGGUGGACAGCCUCCAUCACUAUCCCGCAGUGUCGGAGGUGACGGGGAAAGCGAUCGAUUGGUACGCGGAUGAACCUCAGGAUGGAUAUGAGGUGGUUCGGAUCUAUGGCGAGAACACGUUGGAACUGAAGGGGAUGCCUUUAGGCAAGACCCCGGAGUACAUCCAGGAGCGGCUGCGGCGCUUCUUUGCCAAGUUCGGCCCUGUGCGCCGAUUUGAUCCGUGAAAUUCCUGGAAUGUGCGUACGAAAGCGUUUCAACCCAGAUAUUCAUGUCUUUUGCUUAAAUCCACCUGGAAAGAAUCAACGAGGCCGAGCAAAUGAAGUUGGCUUCCGGGGUUGCGUGUUGACUUGGUAAGGAAGAUUGAGGAAGAAUCCUUACCACUUGUUUGAUUGCAGUCAUGCCGAAUCAGUUGCAUUCAAGCCGAAUCAAGCAAAUUAGAGUCCUAGAGUUCAUCACCCUUUGAAUCACCAAGUCAGACAUUGUGCCGUUUACAUUCAGUUGGAAAUUUCUGCAAAACUUGCCGUCGCUUGUUGUGUUUUUGCAGCACAUUGUCAGUGAGUUCAGUAUCGAGUUUGAGUCAGAGACGUAAUCCAGUUGCUCCUACAAGACCUUUGCUGGUGGUCCUUUUCAGCAUGGUCUACUCGCUGAAAGCCAGUGGCUCAAAAUAGGGAAAGAUC